CGACAUGGCUCUCCUCCGCCCUACUCUGUCCCUGACCAAACGCCUCGCGAGUCAAACUUGAACCUCAUACGAUCAACUGCCCUCCCAGAAUUUCUUCGGACUCCGGCCUCAUUCCCAGAGGAUCGAAUUGCCAAAGAAGUGACUUCCGCUCUGUCCUCCACGACCCCCCCCUCUCCGUCCUCAAUGCCUCAUACCCCGCUGGGCAGUGAUGCUGGUCAUUCUGCUACUUCACCGCUUCAUCCGCGAGUCGCUGUUAUUCUGGGGGUGGACCGUAGGUGGUAUAUUCCUCUGUUGGUUUGUCGAGCUUUAAGCACGCUUCCUGCGGCAUGGUGGGGGCUGCGAUGCGCUUUCACAUUUUUGGCUGAGUUAUUACACAUUCGUCCGGGGAUGGGACGGGAGGGCUGGGCGGCAGCAAUUGUUGGUAGUGUAGGGCAGGAGUGGGAUGUUGAGAGGAGGUUUCGUGUUACUGAAGUGGCCUUGGCCAUUAUGUGGUGCUGUGCAUCCGCAUAUCUUUCUUAUUUUUUCGCUGAUUGUAUGAUGUCUCGAUGGCAAGCUUCUGAAUUACACCCCGCCAGCUGUUGUGAUCCGUCUUUUGACAACAAAUGGGUUAAUUGCAUACAUCACCUCUUGGGUUCUUUAUCUUUCCGGUGCAUCGUCCGAUCCUCGCCUUCUUCUACCAGCCUGGAUUUCCAUAACCACUGUAAGAACCUAUCUGUUCCUUCUCUCACAUUUGUUUACCAUGCCACACAGAACCACGCAACUAUCAAGCGCGAAACUGCUGCGUCCUUAUUGGUUGUCUCUGCAGCUAGCUUCAUCAGCAUGUCCUCACUCUUACUGCAGUUGCAUCUGACUCGCGAAAAUGAGCCAGAGGUCCCCGUCUUUGUGAUCACACGAAAGCUAUGGGACUGGGCUGUUACAAUAUUCUUACGUAUGCGAGUUGCAGAUGACCGCAUUGCUGGUGAACUGUAA